GUGGGUGUGCAUCGCGUGCGUAGGAGUGUAACUUUCUUUUUGUGUCAUUGACUUCAUCAUCCUCAUCAUCAUCAUCGUCAUCACGCGACAAUCAAUCAUGAUCAUUUCUUUGACCGGCUGAUUAUACAAAACGAGAUGGAGGAUUUUAUGUCAUGCAGCCAUCCGGCUCGCGUUUCUGGAAUGUGUGUUGUUUGUGGAAAAGUGUUGGACGAAGAAGAAUUAAGACAACUUGAUGGUGGAGAACAACUUCAUGAUAUUUCAGGCGUUCAAGUUACAACGGCAGAAGCGGCAAGAUUGGAUUCGGAAAGUACAAGAAGGCUGCUAGAACAAAGAAAAUUGGCAUUAAUUGUUGAUUUAGAUCAAACAAUCAUUCAUGCAACUGUUGAUCCUACUGUUGGAGAAUGGAUGAAAGAUCAAUCCAAUGCAAAUUAUAAAGCUUUGGCAGAUGUUGGGAAGUUUCUCUUAGGCGUUGACGGGAAAGCUGAUGGAUGUUGGUACUACGUCAAGCCUAGACCUGGAUUACAGAACUUCCUUACCCAACUCAGCGAACGCUAUGAGCUACACGUCUAUACGAUGGGAACACGAACAUAUGCAGAAAGCGUUUGUAGGCUGGUUGACCCGGAUGGAUCGUUGUUCGGCGCCCGAAUCAUAUCUCGGGAUGAGAACGGUAGUCUUUUACAAAAGAGUCUAAGCAAACUGUUCCCGAUGGAUACAUCCAUGGUUGCCAUCAUCGAUGAUCGUGCGGAUGUAUGGCAAUGGAGCCCAAAUCUGGUUCGUGUCACUCCUUUUGACUUCUUUGUGGGGAUCGGAGAUAUCAAUGCUUCUUUCUUGCCGAAAGCACUUGAAGCUGAAGCUAAAGCAGAAGAUGACGCUGCAAAAACUGUUGCAGAACAAAGUCAAAAGACUGCAGUGAGCGAACAAUUAGAUGCUAGACCAUUGGCAAAAAUGCAAGAAGCCUUAGAAGGAGAUGGUUCAAAAAAAACAGAUCGGGAACUGUACAAGCUGCAUGAAGUUCUUAAUGAUAUUCAUACAAGGUGGUAUACCGAUUACGAUAAGCGAAAAUCCCAGGAAGAGAAACCUUCAAUCACUCAAAUCAUCUCGCAAAUUAAAACCGCUGUCUUGGACGGCUGUACAUUUGUAUUCUCAAGCAUUGCUCCUGUCAAUCAAGAUCCAGGAUCUACCGAGCUAUGGCGAUUGGCAACAGAAUUCGGAGCUGUAUGUAAGCGAUCUUUAGAUUCAAAGGUUACGCACGUAAUUGCUGCAAAACAAGGAACGGAAAAAGUUAUAAAUGGACAUCGAAGAAAUAUACAUGUGGUAUGGUAUACAUGGCUACAGGAGUCUUGCACACGCUGGAGCCGUCAAUCUGAAGAUGGCUAUGCACUUCCGAACCCCACAAAGGAACAACUUCGCAGACCACCUCCUAGCAGAUUUGAUGAAAUGAAUUGGGAUGAAGCUAAUGAUGAAGUUGAUGCUGUUCUAAAUGGACUAAGCGAUGAUGAAAGCACUCUCAAUGGAGGCAAUACAAGUUCAGGUAGUAGUGAAGCAGGUGACCGUAGACAAGGUAGCAAGAUGAAACGUACACACAGCAAUACAUCAUUAAAUAGCUCAAAUGACAACAGCGUCGAAGAGGCAGAAGAUGGAAGUUCAGAAGCAGGAGGA